GGCUCUCAUUCUCCACUUUUUCUUGCAAUUAUUGACUCUUUAUUGCUCUCCUCCUCUUCCCAUCAUCCAUUCAACCAUUUUUCCCAACUUCAAGACCUAUUGAAUUUGAGUUUGACAAGAUUUGGGAUUCUGAUUUCAGUCCACAAAGUGUCAAAAGUCCCAUCAGUUUUUUCUCCAUCAGAAUCAAUUCCUAAAGAAAAGGAAAACCCAUCUCUGGGAAUUUCUUGUUUUUCUCUUCAACAGGUUAUAAAUAUAUAGUUCUUUCAUCUUGCAAAAAGUGCUGGGAAAUUUGAUCUAUUUCUUGAUCUGCUAACUACCAAACACAAGGACACAACUUGUAGUGACCGGGGAGAUUGAGGGAAGGUUUUAAGAUAUGGGAUGCCUUGUGUCAACGCCAACGGAGACUGGAGGAAAUAAGAGGAAGCCAAUAAAUAUCGGCGGUGUUUCCGUUUUUGUCCCUGGACUAAGGAUUCCUAAGCCAGUGGAUUUCUCUAUGGCACUUGACAACCACCUGUCUAAAAGUCUAGUAGAGAGGCUUUCUGCUCUCCGAACCAGAAUUGUUGUUAUGGCAGGGCAAGAAGGUCCAACAAUUACAAGAACUAGAAGGAAAAGUGCCACUCAACACGGAGGUUCAACGCUGGGGGAUCUUCUUCAGGCUCUUGAAGAUUACUUGCCCGUUCUUUUGGGACUGGUUAAAGAUGGUAGCCCUCUACAACAUAAAGUACAAUUUGCUUGGGUCAAUCAAGAGGAUGAUGUCGAGGAAACUGCAAUAUGUAGUGCUUGGUAUGAAGCAUUGUCCGUUUUGCACUUGAUGGCAAUGCUUUCUUUAUCUCAAGCUAAUUUGUUACUACUCCCAAGAACAUCUUUUGAUGGCUCUCAGCUAAGGGUAUCAGAAGAAAGUCGGCGGUCCUCUGUUGAUAUUUUCCUUAAGGCAGCGGGAUACCUUGAUUGUGCCGUGAGACAUGUUCUCCCUCAGUUUACCUCUGAACUAAGGAGAAAUUUACCGGUUGACCUUGCUGAAGGAGUGCUUAGAGCACUAUGCCUCCAAGCAUUAGGGCAGGCGGUCGAUAUACAACUUGGGCUAGCAAUUGACAGUGCGAAGGCCACUCUUGCCGUGAAAAGAAGGCUUGCAUGUGAGAUGGUCAAAUAUUGGCAACAGGCCCAAGAUAACAUCAUGAAUCUCUCAUUAUCCCAUGGAUGGGGAGCAAAACAUCGGCUUUUCGUGAAGUGGAAAUACAUCGAAGCUAAGGCAGCGGCAUACUAUUAUCAUGGCCUUAUUCUUGAUGAAGGAAACACAGAGAAGUCCCAUGGAGUGGCAGUAGCUUCUUUGCAAGCAGCAGAUGAGUAUCUCAAAGAAAGCAAAAAGGCAUGUGAAGAUUUCCAUGCCGUUGCUCCUCUCUCUAGAAACCCGCCUCUGUGGGGAACGAUGAAGUACCUCAGCGAGAAGAUUCCCAAGGACACUUCUAGCAAGGCGCGAAUCAAUAGGGAUCGGUACUCUCAUGAAAAGUAAGUGUUGGGUGUUUUGAGUGAUGGGUUCCGGUUCUUUUGACACUUAGGGGUAUGUCAUAUUAUGACACCAUGGUCUAUGCAGUGCUCCGUUGGAUCCUGAAGUAGUUCCUAGAGACUUGGUGUCAUAA